AUAAAUAUGAGACCGGGGAUAUCUGAGGUUCAGUCUGCCCUCGAGCCCACCAGCAACGAGAAAGAGAGCUCCAUUUGCCCUCCAGGAACCCAGCUAUGAACUCCCUCUCCACAAUCGCCUUCUCCCUGGGGCUGCUCCUGGUGACCGCUACUGCUUUCCCUACCCCGGGACCCAUGGGAGAAGAUUUCAAAGAUGAUACCACUUCAGACAGAAUUCUCCUCACCUCUCCAGACAAAACUGAAGCUCUCAUUAAGUACAUCCUCGGCAAAAUCUCUGCAAUGAGAAAGGAGAUGUGUGAGAAGUAUGACAAGUGUGAAAACAGCAAGGAGGCACUGGCAGAAAACAACCUGAACCUUCCAAAAAUGGCAGAAAAAGAUGGAUGCUUCCAAUCUGGGUUCAAUCAGGAGACUUGCUUGAUGAGAAUCACCACUGGUCUUCUGGAGUAUCAGAUAUACCUGGACUACCUCCAGAACGAGUAUGAGGGUGAUAAGGGAAGCAUCGAGGCUGUGCAGAUUAGUAUCAAAGCACUGGUCCAGAUCCUGAGGCAAAAGGUAAAGAAUCCAGAUGAAGUAACCACCCCUGACCCAACUACAAAUGCCAGCCUGAUGAAUAAUCUGCAGUCACAGAACGAUGACUGGAUGAAGAACACAAAGAUUAUCCUCAUCCUGCGAAGCCUUGAGAAUUUCCUGCAGUUCAGCCUGAGGGCUAUUCGGAUAAAGUAGCUGGGGCACCUAAGAUUGCUGUAGUUCAUGGGCAUUCCCUCCUCUUGUCAGAAACCUGUCCACUGGGCACAUAACUUACGUUGUUCUCUAUGAAGAACUAAAAGUAUGAGCGUUAGGACACUAUUUUAAUUAUUUUUAAUUUAUUGAUAUUUAAAUAUGUGAUAUCGAGUUAAUUUAUGUAAGUGAUAGAUAUUUAUAUUUUUAUGAAAUGCCUCUUGAAAUAUUUUAUAUACUUGUUUUGAAAAAGUAUCGUAAAAAUGGCUAUGCGGCUUGAAUAUCCUUGUUGUUUCGGAGCCAGAUCAUUUAUUGGAAUGUGUAGGCUUACCUCAAAAAAAUGCUAACUUAUACAUAUUUUUAAAAGAAAUAUUUAUAUUGUAUUUAUAUAAUGUUUAAAUUGUUUUUAUACCAAUAA